AUUUUCUAUAUAUGGAAAUAAUAAUAAAAUAUUUAUCUUAAAACCAUAAAAAAUUAUUUAUGUAUAUUUAUUGAUUCAUCUAUAUAUAUCUAUAUAUCUUUUAACUUAAUUAUUUAUUCUCUCGCUUAGUUGAAAAACCGAAAGGACGUAAAACACCUCCAUUUUAUUCACCGUUUUAUAUAUUAUAUAUUCAUUAUAUAAGAAGCGUGGUCCUAAAAUAACAAUACUUGUGUAAUGUUAGUGUUAAUGAGGGAAAUGCAUAAAGUUCAAAUUGCCUGUAUUAGAUAAGCUAAAAUGGACUAAUGCCUCGUUUUUAUUUUGCUUUUGCAUGACUGGUUGGCGGCUUUUCCUAUCUUUUUGCAUAAACUGAACGAGGUCAUGCUGUUGCCAAAAGACCUUGGAUUAUCGAAGUAGGUCCUCAAUAAAAUGCUUGGCCCUACAAUUGUUUCUAUACAACUUAUUUUUCUUUGGAAAUAACAUUUCUGUAAUUCUUUAGAGACGUCAGUACCAAGACACAAACAGAUAUUAUUCAAGGUAUUUGAGGCAGAUGGUAAGCCUAACGGCCCAGAACAAUACUAUUUACAUACGCACCCGAUGAAAUUGAUCAGACGCAGUGGUAGGCGUUAUCGGUUGCGUGCGUCAGUGCGCGCUACAGUGGAUUGCAUUAAAGAAAGAGUGUACACAUUUAGUUAUGACUUUUGGGUAAAUUUUCAACUCCUAUGUUAAGUACAUAACCUGGAAGUUGAGUCACGCCAAGAGAGGAAUUAAACCAUGGAUAUACAAGGAGCAGCACUGGUCGGCCUCUGUUAUAUCCCUGUCCUGUACUUCGCCUACAGCGCCUUUGCAACCGACCCCGUCACUGCUGCCGCAGGGCUGGUGAUCCUGGCAAUGUCUGCCUACAUCUUGCUGGAGACAAUGUCACACGGGAGUGUCUCUUCUUCCAACAAGGCUGUCUUUAUCACAGGUUGCGACAGCGGUUUUGGAUACAGUUUAGCAGAACGUCUCGAUGAGCUGGGAUUCAAAGUUUUUGCAGCCUGUCUGUUUCAUGACGGAGACGGCGCUAAAGCUCUCCGCGAACGCUGCAGUAAUCGACUCCAUAUUGUCCAGUUAAACGUCAGCAGCGACCAGCAAGUUCAAGAGGCACUUACUUUUGUGCGAGAAAACCUCGGUGACUCUGACCUCUGGGCUGUGGUCAACAAUGCUGGAAUUGGAAUGUUUGGUGAGCUAGAAUGGGUCAAAAUAGAAGACCUCCAGAAAGUGAUGGAUGUGAACGCUGUUGGGCCAGUAAGAAUCAUCAAAGCGUUUCUUCCCCUGCUUCGCAAAUCUAAGGAGAAUCCUCGGAUAGUUAAUGUGAACAGCGUAGCGGGCCGGUUUACACUUGCAUGUGGCGUUCCGUACUCCAUGUCAAAGCACGCAUGCAUCGCUUUCACAGACGGAUUAAGAAGAGAGUUGAAAAAAUUCAACAUUGACGUUGUCAGCGUAGAACCGACCCUCUACAAAACCCCACUUGGUAAUCCGGACACGCUAAAGAAAAACAGCGAGCAACAAUGGGAGCAGUUGUCCACCGAUGUCAAGAGCGACUACGGACAGGGGUACUUCGACGCGCUUUGCAAAGUCCUACCCGCACGCUUUCAAGCCAUGGCCAGCGACAAUGUCGAUGCGGUAAUUGCGACACUUGUGACAGCAGUGACUAUUAUAAAACCUAAACGCCGUUAUAUCCCGCGCUUGACAGCAAGUUUCAGGGUGUGGAUUCUGGAGAAGUUACCGUACUCUAUACAAGAUCGUCUUCUAGUGGCUUUUCAGCCCAAAGUAGCCGUGGCUUGGGCUAAGGGAAGAGAGACGUGAAUUAACACUGCCGGAGUUUU